AUGUCAAGGCUCAGAAUACUAACAUAGUUGAAACAUUCUCAACAAUAAUCCUUUUUAUAAUAUUUUUCAUGUUUUUAUGCGCAGGAUUAGGUUAUUUUGCACGCUCUAAAAAUUAUGUAGAAAGCUCAAAGCCAUCUCAAACUAUGUAUUCUUGAUAACUUAAAUUUAUAAAAACUAAAUAAGUAAAUAAAUAAAUAAAACUAUUAUAUAAUUAUUUGUAAUUUAUUAGGCCAUUCUUACUAAGUAUUCUUUAAAAUUCAACUGAAUCUCAUUUUAUAUUUUUUAAAUUCCUAAUUUUAUUAUGAUACUGCAGAAAAUAAUAAUUAAAGUUCUUGA